AUGUCUCUCGUAGCGAAAGCUGGGAACUUACCUAACGAUACCAAAAUUAAAUUAAGAUCGGAAGCUUGCCAACUAAUGAUUUAUUCCUUAAUGAAAUUACCCAUUGAUAUAUCAGUCGCAAAAGAAACUCUUCAGGUAGCUUUACGAAAUGAAACUCGUUCUAGGGAAAUGUUAGAUUUGGCCGCUGAACUGUAUCUGAAGUACAAAUCCAAAACUAGCUGCGGUCUGAACAAUCCUAAGGAUGGUGUUUCAUAUUACCUGGAAUUUCUUUCCGAAGCUAUGCUAAUUUACUGUAGUAUUUGUGAAAAUGCUCUAGCUAAGCGACAGUUCGAUCAAGCUUUUGAUUAUUUUGCCAAAGCAGAGAAUAUAAAGAAGGAUCUCCCUUGUCUGGGAAAAAAACUAGUAGCAAUAAGUUACAACUUUGGAGUUGAUAUGUUUGAUAGCCAAAACUAUAAACAAAGCGUCAAGUGGCUACAGAAAUCUCGAUACCUUGCUAAAUAUUUGUACGACCUGGAGGGUAGUAAGAAGGCUAGAAUAUUACGUUUACUUGCGAAUGCAUACAUUCAUUGGGAUAUUGAAGAGUACUAUGAAAUGGCAUGGAAUGCCGUAGCUGUUGAGUUGGCAUUUAACCUUCCAGAUAUGACAAUCAAUAUGGGGCUCAGCUUUUUGGAAUUAGUGAAGAGUCACGACAAUUUGUAUACUGUUGCCAAUGCGAUACUUCGAAUGCUCUGUAUCAGAUUUGAUAGUUCGAUGAAGGUUAUAAUGGUAAAAAUUGCUUUAUUGGAACGUCUUAUUAACGGAGGAGAAUUACAUGAGGCAAAACAGUUGGUAGAAGGAUUGGUUGAAGAGCAAAAUAAGAAAAAUAAGAUAACGUCACAAAUGCUAAAGAAACUGAAAUUCCUUUUACAGAAUCAAGCAUAUCAGUUCUACCAAGCUGGUAAAUUCUCUGAGGCAACUGAAUGGUAUAACUUCUGUUUGCACCUAGCCAAGGAGAGUGAAAUGGAAUUAAUUCUUAGUUUGCUGAUUAAUUUAAGCUGCUGUCAUAUCAUGCGAAAAGAAUUUAAUGAGGCUCAAAAAGCCGUUGAUAAAGGAAAAAAUAUUCAGCCUAGCUGUCCUUUUAUGUAUUAUCUAGAAGCCAAGAUUGGAUUAAUGGCCAAUGACAGCGAAAAAGUGAUGAACGCGCUUUCAGAUCUUGUGAAUUUAGAAGUAAAUAAAAAAGAAGAUAAAUUUGGGCUAGUUUGUGUUAUACUGCAAAUAUCAAUGAAGCAAAAUAGUUUAGACGUAGUGGGAAAAGCCUUACAUUACUUGACGGCCUCAAACUCCUUGGACUAUCAGAAUUUAAUAGUACUCUUAAAAUUUUAUAUAAUGUUGCUGUUGAAAGCUAAUUGGAGAAUACGAGAUUGCUGCGAGAAUAUUAUUUACUGCUUUGAUGAAGCUCAUAAGAUUAUGCUAAAUAGUCUUUCCAGCCAGAAAGUAAAUUUAUCUAAUGAUGCAGUCUGGUUCAUGAAAGCAGCAUGGAAUAUGGCAUUGAAGAAUCGUAAAUUAGCCACAGUGGAACAACUAAAUCGAUAUUUUGUUCUGUCGUACCAGAGGCGAAUGCUAGUCAGUAUUACAGAGAUUGGAACGAAAUUUUUCCAGAAUAGGCGUAUUCUAACAAAACUCAAUGAUGAUUUCGACAAAUCGAUGAAAAAUUUAACGAUCCUUAUGUUGCUUUACGAAAUUGAAGCUUUUGCAAAGCUUGAUGACUUAGAAAACUUAAUGAAACCUCUAGAUACUCUAUUAGAUUUAAGCUUGGAUGUUCCAGUUUUAAGCCAUAUUGCAGCUAUUAUGCGAACUUUCGAUCUAUCCGAAAAAUACGUAAUCCCGCAAUUAAAGAUUUUAGACUGUAUUUACCGACUGUGCUUACCAAAUGAAAAUGAUAAUGAUAAAUUCAAAAGCUUAUGCAUACUUCAGCGUUCAAUCCUUACUUCCCUAAUAGACAAGAACUUUACAGAUAUUAAUAUUUCUGAUUUAUUAUGGAGCAAACUGAAGCAAUUUUUGGAUGUAGUGAUUAAAAGACGAAAGGCAGCUGCUACUUUAUACUUAAAAUUUAUUUCGGAACAUGUUCCGGAUAUGGGAACUUUACCUACUUAA